AUGAAUUCCUCCGAUCGCCACAACCUGAACCACAACCGCUCAAGACUAGCAAGUCUUCCUCUUCCUCCCAAGGGAUCGCAGGAAGCACACCAUCCUCUAACUCUACCUUCGUUGGAAAAUCCACCGAUUCUGCCAGAUUUCAACCUCUACUCCACCCCAAACCAGCAAAACUACAACUAUUCCAGCAAUGCCGCCGCCAAUGCUCACUCUCGCAUCCCUGUGAGCCCAACAUACCAGGUUUUCCAGGAACGGGGCACGGAAUCGGCAAAUUCUGGCCGCAUCCACAGUUUUGGAGAUAUCCAAAGAAGCAAUGGUAGCUUGGGCUACCAUAAGGACCAUCAGGAGCCAAUGUUCCCGCAUGAUAGAAGAUCGACGGUUUCCCAGGAAGAUACAGUGUUGUGUUAUGACAUGGAGACUAAAACGUACAAAAUGGUGGAAAGAGCCGUUGCGCAGGAGUCCAGGUACAAACUUCAGCCGGUUGACCAAAGCCCUACUGAUUCCACCUACAGUAAAGAAUCACCGAGAUCGAGCUCCGACUCCCCUGAGAAGGCAAAACGGUCAAGAAAGGGUUGUCUUACUUGCAGACAACGUAAAAAGAAGUGUUGCGAAACCAGACCAACCUGCUCUGAAUGCUCUAGACUUAUGAUCAGAUGCAGAUGGCCCGUUCCCGGCAGCGAGCGCAAGAACAGAUCCAAGAACAACACAUUCAACCCGGACGAGAUGUUACAUGAGGCGUUCGGUGUCAUUAAGAUCCUCAGGGGUGUUGUCGACUACAAAGUUGAGGGUUGA